AUGGAGUGGCCCGUGAAGGAAUCUCAUAAAAACGUCGUAUGGCUAUCGUUCUCGAUUUGCACAAUGCACAGUCAUCACUUCCUGGAACCUCCAAGGUCACCGUCGUGGCCACAAGUUCGAGCACAGAGCAAGUACACAAGCAGAGCAUGCAUGCCUAGCAAGUACGUCAAGAAGAAGAAGGGACCGGGAUGCCCAUCGAAGGGACUCGCGAGAAAAGCCGAGUUGAAAAACAAGGCGUACUGGGCGGAGGUGAAGGCAAGAAGGCAGACCACCGCCACGAACCUCUCCGCCAUCGUGAAGAAGGAAAUCAAAGAAGAGUUUCCUAGUAGCAUUCCAGCGCAAGACAGAUCUGCCAUGUCCGCCGGUCCGAGGAUCACACUCCGCGGUCUGACCCGCGCGAGGUCCACCCUCUACGACUUCGUCUCCUCGUACUUCAUGUUCCACGGCCUAGACCCGACGAAGACGGCGGACGUCUUCGCCCAUCUCCCGGCGCUGACCUUCACCGAAGCGGUAAUCUACGAGCUCGACGACGCCAACGAGUGCGCGGGGAGGAUGGAAGGCGGGGAGACGCGCGGCGGGUCGGGGACGGCGCGAACGUUAGAGCAGCUCGUGUGCCGCCUCGAGGAACACUUCGGAGCGGAACACUUCCGUCGCGUCCGGUCACGCCUUCAGUGGGAGCUCUCGCGGGGAUCCGCGUAUUGGGAGACGGAGCGUCGCCUGUGUGGCAAGCUCGCCGCCGGGACGAAACUAACGGACGAGGACGCGAGGCACGCCCUGGACGCGCUCAAGAAGAAGAGCUUCGACUACAGGGUCCUGAACCUGGUGCUGCUGGCGUCGGUGCGCAAGCAGCGGAGGGAGGCGCGAGACGCCGAGAGAAGACGCCGGGGCACCGGCUGCGAGAUAAAACGCGAAGAAGAAGAAGACGAAGAAGAAGAAGACAAACUCGGGGACGCCGAGGAUGUUCCCUACGGGGACCUUCUCGCCGCGUCCGAGCUCCUCGUCGAGCUCUCCGAUGACCUGUACGACUACGAGGAGGACGUCGCGUCCGGGGCGUUCAACUUCUAUCGAUGCCUCGUCAACCACCACGGGCCCGAACGCGCGCCCGAGGAGAUGGCCGCGGUGAUCCAAUCCGCGGAGAGGGAGUACGCGAGGCUGGAGGAGCGGUUGAGCCGCGACGACCCGGAGUUGGCGCGACGGUACCGGGAGAGAUGCGCGCAGGCCACGGAGGAGGGUUUACCCGGCCGGCAGGUGCGCUCAGAUCCUUCGAGCCCCGCGGAGAUGACCGUGGACUCGCGUGGAAAGUGGGAGGUGCCGCCGCCCAUCGCGGAUGAGCGCGCGUGGAGGGAACGGACGGACGACGUCGCACACCCGCGAGGCGAUCGGGGUCCAUAGUAG